UGAAAUGGAGGAUUUAAUGACAAGUGAGUUUGCUGAUUUUGUAGCCUCCAAUGGUCAAAGUGUUUCCGCUCUCCGUGACAAGUAUAAAAAGGAUUCUCAUGCUUGGUGGUACCUCAAUGGCCAUACAUCACCAAACCUUCAAACUCUUGCAAUCAAAGUUUUAUCGCAAGUUGCUAGUUCCUCUUCAUCUGAGCGAAAUUGGAGCACAUACUCCUUUAUCCACUCAGUGAAACGCAACCGACUGGCAGCAAGUAAGGCGGAAGAGCUCGUUUAUGUGCAUUCAAACUUGCGCCUUCUUACUCAUAAACAAAAUGAGUAUAAGGAUGGGAGCACAAAGUUUUGGGAUGUAGAUCCAGAGCGAACUGAUUUGGAUUUUUCGGCUGCCACACAAUCUUUACUUUCUGGGGAGUCUGAUAGCCAAUGUGCUGCUAGUGCAAGUGGCAGUGAGGCUGCAUGUGGUUCUAGCACUCUACCUACAUCAUCUAAUAUGGGGGGGGGUUCAGAUGGAAAGGACCCUGAUGAUCCCGUGGUUUUGGGGGACCCAGGGGGAGGACCAACACCACGUGAUGAGCGGUUAAAAGAUGAGAGUGGGAAAGAGCAGGUUCAAACUUCAAAAAUAGAAGACAACAACUCGAUAGGAGCCCAAGGACAGCAAGAGAUUUGUGUCUCAGAGAACACGGUGGAAGGAAAAGAUCACCCGGAAAAGGUUUUCUCAUUAACAGACCCGAAGGGGGGACCCAAUGGACAGACACGUAAGUGGUCCUCGCUGUUUGGGGUUAAGCCUAAAGGGCUCGUUUGA